AUCAGGCAACUGCUUCUGCUGCCGUCGCAUCCCCUACCCAAACCGAAGCUCGUCGAACGCCUCAGUCCCAGUACUCGGGCGCCUCCAGAACCUCGAUCGGGGCGGUAUCUCGGCCUCCAAUACCCCCCAGCCAGACUACAACUUGCAUCAGAACUCUUCCCAUCCAACACCGCCUCCGUCGCCGCGCGCCCGUCUUCCCUACCCCGAAUAUCUGACGCGCCAGCCCCAGUACCAUCACGCUCCUCAUACUCAAGCCGGCGGGCCGCCAGGUAUGGCUCAAGCAACAAAUCCCUCGAUUGCAGCCUCGAGUCCGUCCUAUCCUCCACCAUAUUCUCCCUACGCUCCUCAGAGUCACGACAUGGCGCAAUAUCAGAGUCACCCUCCGCAGAUGUACGCGCGACCAGACUGGCCACACCAGUAUGGCGCUCAUCAACCUGGAAUGCCAGGCCCUUAUAGUUCCCCGGCUUCGGUGAGUUCAGCUUCCCCCGCUGCCACCGCUGGGCCACGACCUGGACAGGUUUUCUCUUUUGUGCCUAUCCCUGGCUCUCAACAACACAAGCGGCCUAGACGACGAUAUGAAGAGAUUGAGAGGAUGUACAAGUGCGGCUGGAAUGGUUGUGAAAAGGCCUAUGGCACACUAAAUCAUCUCAAUGCACACGUCACAAUGCAGUCACACGGCGCUAAGAGAUCUCCAGAUGAAUUCAAAGAGAUCCGCAAGGAAUGGAAAGCUCGCAAGAAGGAAGAAGAUAAUCAGCGCAAGGCUGCCGAGGAGAGAGAACGGGCUGCAGCCCAAGCCAACCAGGUUGAUAGCAAUGGCACUCCGAGUGGUAGCGGCCAGCCCAGCCAGCCAACUACCUCCUACGCUGCUGGUGUUCGGCCUCAGCUGCCGCCAAUAGGCUAUCAGCCAGCAGAUGGUCAAGUGCCAGGUCAGUAUGGUGCUCCUCCUGGUGGUUUGGUCUAUCCACCUGGCAAUGGCCAGAUGCCUGCUACCUACUCUCCAAGUUACCCCCAUUCUCCUUAUGGUCAGGGCAGCCAGGUCUACCCACAACCACCACGUGAGUGA